CGAAUAUGUUCUUUGCAGAUCACGCAUUGAGCAGAACGUUUUAUCAACGAUAAACCAAGUUCAUACAUGUAGAUAGCCAUAGAAAGAUAUGGCCGAUAUUUUGACGCAUGUCUUUAGGACAUUUAUCCAACAUAAUGGAAAAAAGAAGGAUUUCAAAAUCAUCGCACCAUCAAAAUGCAGUACCUUGGUGGUCGGAGACUGUAGCGUCAACCGUUCGUUGCUGCUACUUGCGGCGGUGACGGCUGCCUCUGAAUUGGGGCUCAAAGUCUCAUUUUUCACUCAGGUUCAAAUUCAGAGCCUUCCAGGAUCAUUGCACGAAUCCAUGUCCAACCUGAGCCCCGACAAUUUGAAGAAAAUCACGUUUUCAUACCCCAGGUCCUUGGAAGAUUUGCUUCAGGACGUGGCCUCUUUGCAUGAAUCAGCCUCUGGAUCUGCUGCCCCUCCGUCGUUGAUCAUCGUGGAUGGACUGGAGGGCUACAUGCGCGGGCCUGGAGUGAGUGGUGGCCUUCAGCAGGCGGAGCAGUCCUCUGCUGCACACAUCUCUGCUCUGCUGUAUGACACGGCUGCAUUUCUCUCACAGACCUUGGAAGAGAGAGCCGCUAGUCUGGCCCCCUGUCGGGUCAUAGCCUCGUUCCAGUCCGAGUGGGAAGGGCAUGCUGGUGGGGACUCCUCAGACCCUGUCCUCUCAGUGUUAGACCGCUACUUUCAGGUUAGGUGUACCUUGGACCAGGACUGGAACUCUGCCCCUGCUGUAGCAGAACCACAGGACACGUGGCAUGUUUACCUCUCUGGUGCUGGGAUCACAGAAGCCCCUAUUGCUGAGGAUGAGGAGGACUCAAGUCUGGCUCGAGAAUGGCGACUGGUCAUUUGCCCCAAUCGCUCAAUGGAGUUUACAAUGGUUUGAAAUCUAUUAAAUGACUUACUAGUGGACAAAGAAGAAAUAAGACAUGCAAAAAAACUAUAUACUUAUAUUAAACAAUUGCAUUCCCAAAGACAGAUGCAAGGGGGACAGUUUUUUUUCCCCCAAUGCACAAAAUGGUUUUCACUAGUGUAUACAAAAGGUUUUCAGCAAGGUUUUUGUGUGAAUUAAACCACUGACCGAAUUGUACUGUUCCUGACUGCUCUGGCACAAUAUAAUUUGAGUCAGUUCUCCUCCCUUGCCCUGUUGUCUUCUCUCCUACACAAUGUGACUUCACAUUCAACCAUUCAAUUCUAAUUUACAUUACUUUUCUGUCUAACUGUUUUGCUUGUGGCGCUUUUUAAAAUCAUUUGUAGAGGGAAGAUUAGGCUGAUGUUAUAGACGGGACAGCAGAGAACAUCACGAAAACGAUGUGCACUCUUCAAUGGGGCAGAAGGCUGUGUGUUGUCAUUCUGGAUGGCCAGAUAGCUAACAACAAUGGCCAAGUGGCUCGUUUCAGCUAGUUUUAUCUUGUUCUUGAUACCAUGUCUUGUUUUGACUGAUGUCACGUCUACGCUAAUAUGGCAAACAGUUGCUAGCUAGCUAACCACCAACUGUAACUAUGUAUUUGAGACAAGUGCUCAUUGUACAACCUUUGUUUUCAAUAAACAUUGGACAUGAAAUAUAGUGUACAUGUUGUCAACAAUCUAAGCCAACCCCGUCGAUUUUGCCACAUAGUUGUGCACCCGUUGGUUUUAUUGCUAAACAACCAACCCAUCUAUAGAUAUUAGCUAUCAGGGGCAAUUAGAAUGUCUCCCCACGUUUUUCUCAACUAAAGGACAACAAGAACAUCAGUUUACAAGCAUUUCAAUACACCCGCAAUAACAUUGCUAAAUAUGUGUAUGUGACCAAUAACAUUUGAUUUGCUUUAAUGCCAUACAUUUUUAAAUCAUAUUGGAAGCGCAUCAGAAUUGAUUAACAUUUGUUAUAUUUCAGGCAUAUUGACAUUUUUGUUGACCAUAAAGAGAUACUGAGUUACAGAAAUGAUUGUCAGAAGUUCCGUAUAGGUAAUCAUCACAGUAUUAUCAUAACAUGUAAUGAAAAAGUCAGGAAACAUUCACCAGUUUGUUUAGAAAUGAACACUGAAAAUAACUGAAAACUAAAGGGUUUAAAGAUAGACAAAUUAGGAACUAGUUAAUAUUCUAAAUGUUAGUAAACACAAAAUAAACAUGUUUGAUUGGAGCCUUUUCUAAACAAAUGUUCACUUUGGUUGUUUUUAAAAGAUUUUCCCUUAUUUACUAGCCUAUGUUCUAUAACUGUGUUCUGUGAGGGGAUUGUGUUCCUUAUCUUCUCUGGACAGAUCAGAACCUCAUCUCAUUAUGGUAAGAUCUAGGUCAGUCAUAUAAGGAAAGUUGUGAACUUCACUUGUUAUAACGUCCAAUGCCCUUUUCCCCAAUGCCCAGGCUACUCAACUACUGUCCACAUUCUAAGGAACGGGACAAUACCACUAUCUUGGCAAAGAAACAAAACAUGAAACAGAUUUAACUUCUUUAGGAAAACAGCCCUAAUGUUGAAAGCAAAUCAUCUUGCUGUCAUCCAGAGUCACAUUUAUUUAUUUCCCAAGCUAUUGCGCACAAUAUUAUUUUUACAUACAGCAGGUUUUUAAAGGACCGAAGAGUUUCAUCUGCUUUGUGUUUCCAUUUUGCCAUGAAAAAAAUAUUGCGAUACUCUACCACCCUCAAUCUCAAUUCUGGACCUCAAAGCCAGUUCACUCCAGGUGUGUGUAAUUAAUUAUCAGGUAGAACAGAGAACCAGCAGGCUCCGGACCUCGUAGGGUCAGAGUUGAGUAUGCUUGCCCUACCACAUUGAAUUGUCAUAUCCACAUGUGUCGAUGUAAACAACUCUUUUUCACCAAUGGAACAA